AGUGUCGUGCGUAGAAGCACAUUUUUCAAAAACCAUUCGUUAGCUAAGAUAACUUAUGCACUUUAAUGAGGUAGACUAAGAUUGUUAACUCCGUCAGCAUAACGCAUUUAUAGUGCUAGCAAAAAUUAGCUAAUGCCCGUGGUUUCAUCCAAGAGAGCUGGUAAUCCCUCUUUAAAAUAUAGUGCUUUAUUUUUCCUUCAUGUUUGCCAAGUUAGGUACGUUUCUGAUAACCUAGCUAACAUUCGCUUGCUAGGUCUUGAUGAUUUCUCCAGUCACUUGGCUAGCCAGCUAAUAUAGCUAUAAAUAGUUCUAACAGCGAGAAGGCUAGUUAGCUAACUAGCUUAUGACAAACUCGUUCUGUUUUAUCUCCCAAAUACUAAAUCACUCGACACUGAAUUCUAUGAACGAGCUAUCGAUGUACACUGGCCCGAAAUUAAGGAGUUAUCUCAGUAACAAAUGAAUAACUCGUGAAAUUUUCGUAAGGGUGUGACGCACCAGAGGGGUGGAGGGCGGGGGGCGUCUCCGACGUGCAGUAGCAUUUUGUUGCCGAUCAGCAGGACGGUCCGAUCGCGUUUCGCUGUCUGAAGUUAAAAGACUUAAAACACGGGAUACACUUAAUCUCUGAUCUGGUGUGAAGUCAUGACUUCUCCAGAAAUUGCAUCCUUGUCCUGGGGUCACAUGAAGGUCAAGGGUUGCUCCUCGUCCUACAAGGACUGCAAGGUGUGGCCCGGAGGCAGUCAUGCCUGGGAUUGGAGGGAAACCGGCACGGACCAUUAUCCCGGAGUGCAACCGGCUGACCUGGAGGAAGUACUGAGGAAGGGGGUGAACACUCUGGUGAUCGGGAGGGGGAUGAGUGAAGCCCUACAGGUGCCCUCCUCCACACUGGACUAUGUGAAGCAGCAGGGUGUGGAGGUAAAGGUGUUCCAGACAGAGAAAGCUGUCAAGGAGUACAAUUCUCUGGUAGGGCAGGGAGCCAAGGUGGGAGGUGUCUUCCACUCAACCUGCUGAAGAUGUCCUUACCACAUUGCCAGCCUUAUAACUCAGCAGUGCCAGACUCCUCAGCUGAACACCUGGCAGCUUCUCUUCUGCUGCUGGUUUUGCAAUGAAAUUGAGGAAUUGAAAGAACAAAAGACUGAUGUCAUAUAAAUUGUCAUAUGUCAUAUAAAUUGGCUCAAAUGGGGCAGAUGUGGGAAAAACAGUGGAGAAUGUUCAUUUUUUUCAAUUUAACCAAUAAAACAAAAGCCUAUAGUGACAAUUUGCCAUCACUGCCAGAAUGUUUAAAGUGUGCAAUGUUUUCACUCUUCUAAAUUGCAUCACAGUAAUAAAAAUCAUCAAUAAUAAUAAAAUAAAAAUAAAGUAA